UGACUCUGUAAGUACCAGCAAAUUUCGCUCAUGUAAAUCUUUACUAGUAGUUCUCAACGACAAAAGAAAUAAAAGCAAAUGCAAAUGAAGAGAAAUAGAAAACAAAACUCAAAAUGACAGAAAGAAACACUUCGAUGAGAAGGAGAUUAUUAAAUGGAGGAUCUUCCAACAAAGAUGAUACCGAUGAGGAAGCCCUGAUAUCUCUGGAAAAGCUGGACCGCGCCUCCCCAGAUCUCUGGCCAGAAAAAAUUCCAGGAAUCACAGAUUUUAUAGCCAUGAGUGAAACCCCAAUCCAUACAUCUUCCUCAAGUUGGUCAAAAGGGCUCUCACAAGAAGAUAUUCUGGCGAUGCACGAGUUAGGUGUUUACUCCACGAAUGGACUGAUCAUGGAAAUCAAGAAGUUGUACGAUGAAGCAUAUCAACUUGGAGUGGUAGAAGCCAAAGAGAUGACCCGUGGCAAAUAUCUGGGAAUCUUCAACAACGUUAAAAAGAAAUCAUCUCCAUAACCGAGUUGUACUUAUGCUAAUAGACUUUUUGGUUCUCAGACUUUUUAGACAGUAAGAAUCUGUAAAAACUUCUUAGGCAAACAAUAAAACACGAACAACUUUUCUUA